UAAUGGUGUUGAUGGUACCUUCUUUUUCGCUACAUAGUACAUACACACACAUGUAUAUAUUUCUUAUUAUCAUAUUGUUAGUCAAUGGCCAAACAACAUGGCCAACCAACCAUGACUACAAAUAAUAAGUACACACCAAACCUAACUUUAUAAACAAUGGAAGCUAGAGAGCAGCAGAAUGCAAGCUAACCAUUAAUCCAAAAGAGACAUGGAGCUGAGUUUCUACCACAUGUUCAUCAUCUCCAUAGCUCUCAUCCUCUUAACCAAACGGUAUCUCCAAAUCCACUUUUCCAAACCUCUGGCUCUCCCCAUCCUCGGCCACCUCCACCUCCUCCAAUCCCCUGUCCACCAAUGCCUCACCAAACUCACCCAAAAGCAUGGCCACAUCCUUCACCUCCGCUUUGGUUCCCGCCCAGUCCUCCUCAUCUCCUCCCCCUCCGCCGCCAAAGAAUGCUUCACCAACAAUGACAUCAUCUUCGCCAACCGCCCUCUCAUGCUCGUCAGCAAGCACUUCGGCUACAACAACACCUCCGUUGGCGCCGUCCCUUACGGCCAACACUGGAGAGAACUCCGACGUUUCAUGGCUAUUCACGCUCUAUCUCCUUCUCGUCUCCCAUCCUUCUCUUCCGAAGUUCAUUCUCUUGUCCUCAAACUAUACUCCGGCGCUGGCGAGGGUUACAAAUACUUUAAGAAAGCGGAAGUGAGGGAUAUGAUGUUUGAGUUGAUGAUGAACGUGAUCUUGGGAUUGAUAGCUGGAAAGAAUUAUUAUGGAGAGGGAUGUGGAGAUCCAGAGGAGGGGAAGAGGUUUAGAAAGGUGGUUGAAGAGGUGUUCUUGUUGAGUGGUGCUUCAACGUUGGAGGACUUCAUCCCUGUUGUGAGGUUGUUGAGAAUUGGUGGAGCUGAGAAGAGGAUGGAAAGAGUGGGGAAGGAGUUGGAUGAGUUUUAUCAAGAGAUUAUAGAGGAUAGGAGAAGAGUGGGAAAGUGGAAGGAGUAUGUUGAUGGUCAUGAUCAAGAGAAGAAGGGUAAUAUUAUUGAUGUCAUGCUUGCCAUGCAAGAGAAAGAUACGAACAAUUACUCUGAUGUUUCCAUCAAGGGGAUGAUGACGUCAUUGCUAGUGGCUGGGACUGAGACAACAGCAGGGACAAUGGAGUGGGUAAUGGCCCUUCUUCUCAACAAUCCAAAUGCACUAAAGAAAGCCAAAGCUGAGAUCAAAGAACAAGUAGGACACAGUCACUUGAUCAAGGACUCAGAUAUCUCUAAGCUUCACUACCUUGACAAUGUUAUCAAAGAAACCCUAAGACUUUUCCCUGCAGGGCCUUUACUUGUUGCACAUGAAUCAUCACAGGAUUGUACCGUGUUGGGUUCACACAUUCCCAAAGGAACCAUGCUCUUAGUCAAUGCUUAUGCCAUUCAAAGGGACAAUCAACUUUGGGACAAUCCAUUAGAGUUCAAGCCUGAAAGGUUUGACAGUGCUGAUCAUGUACUUCAUGGAGAUGAAGGCUAUAAGUACAUACCGUUUGGGACUGGGAGAAGAAGGUGUCCUGGAGAAAACUUGGCUUGGAAGGUCAUGGGAUUGACUCUUGGUGCUUUGAUUCAGUGCUUUGAAUGGGAGAGAGUGGGACAAGAAUUGGUGGAUUUAAGUGAAGGCAUGGGGCUUAGUAUGCCCAUGGCUAAACCCUUGCAAGCGAUGUAUAAGCCUUGCAUGGACAUGCAUGCUGUAUUUUCUCAAUUAUAAAAUAUUUCAA